AUGAGACUCCUGGAACUCUUCAGCGGCACGGGGUCGGUCGGACGUGCCUUCGAGGCCCGUGGCUGGGAGGUAACGAGUCUUGACAGCAACCCGAAGGCCCGCCCGAGCAUUUGCUCCGACAUCCUGCAGUGGGACUACAAGGCCUUCGAGCCCGGGCACUUCGACAUGGUCUGGGCCUCGCCCUGCUGCACCGAGUUCAGCAUCGCCCUCAAGAAGCGCCCCCGCAACCUGCUGGUCGGGGACGCCCUGGUGCUCAAGACAUUCGAGAUCAUCAACUACCUCAAGCCCAAGUGGUGGGCCAUCGAGAACCCCGAGGGCCCUGUCGGAAGGGCGACCGCUGCGAGGCUUUCCGAGGAACUCGUCACCCAGAGACCGCGCAGCGAGGACCGACCAAAGGUGCGUCUGUUCAAGACGCCUGAGUACUCCGUCAAGCAGCCACCUGACCCCGUGGUCUGCAAGCCCCCUGCCAACGGGAUCUUGUGUGCCCCAUCGGCUUCCGGGAAGACGGUGCUUUUGGUGAGCAUGAUUUUGGAGCAAUACAGGGGCUGUUUUGAGCGCAUCUUUAUCUUCUCGCCCUCGAUAGAGGUCGAUUCUGCCUGGCAGCCUGUCAAGGAUUAUAUCCGGGACGAGCUGGGGGUCAACACCGACCGGGAACAGUGCUGGUGGGAAGACUGGGACGAGGGGGCGCUGCGGAAGAUCAUCUCGGACCAGAAGCGCAUCACGCAGAAGAGUAAGAAGCUGCGUCUUAUGAGCUCCGCCGUGCGGGUCAACGUGAUGUUCUACUGCGUCUUCCGGUUGCGACACCAACUGGAGCUGGAUGCCUUGGUGGAGGAAGACAUGUUUUGGGUGCGCUUCGACCGGAAGUUCUUGCUAAAUGGGGACGCUCCUGAGCCAGAUGGCAUCUACGACCCCAGCCACUGGCCGCCGCCAGAGAGGCCCCGGCAAACCUCCGACGGGUCCAACGCCAGCGAGUUCUCGGCGCGGCCCACCUGGUUUUUAAGGCGCCGUUCUAAAAAGGGCAUGACGAGUAUCUACGUGGACUCGCGCCUCCGCGCGGAGGGCACGAACAGUAACUUUUCCUUCGACAUCGGUGAGAGUGUGCACAUUCAAUCCGGCGCCAAACUUGCGGUGUACAAGGUCCGUGUUGCCGACGCCUUCCUGAGCACGGACCGCGGGACGUUCUUGUACUGGGAGGACACGGUGGCCGGCACCCUGCACUACGCGGAGCUCCCAGUGGGCGCGUACACAGGGCCGCGAUUGGCUGCGUGGAUCAGCAGCAACUUCGCUUCCGCCAGCUACACCGCCGAGACCAAUGAGCUCGAUGUGACCUACGACGGCGUGCGCCUCAUCCUCAACGAUGCCGAGCUCCGGCAGCGCUUCCCAGGCACGGCCCCCUACCCGCCGGGCGCCUCGCCCAGCAAGGCUCUGUCCAUCAACCACCUCCUAGGCCCCAGCUACCUCACAGGCUCUGUGCAGCGCUUCGUCUUUGUGACGAUGAAUCCGUUCUCAGAACUGUACCUCAGGUGCCCAACACUGGCCAACGGGGAGACGACGGUGGGCCCGUUGGGGCACGACAUCCUCUGCAAAAUCGUCGUUUCGAAAGGCGUGGGCCACGUCAUGGAGACCGAGACGUCAGAGGGGCACUGGGCUCAGCUGCACGGGCCCAUAACCCUGCGUCACCUGCGCUUCAAGCUCACCGACUACCAGGGCAACAUCGUGAACACUCGAGGCACCAGCAUUUCCUUUGUGGUUUUCCUCGACACCGAACGAUAA